CAUUACGGAUUACGGGUCUUUCGGUGCAUUUCUGAAAUUGGGGAAAGAAAAAUUGAAAGUGUAGCUUGUGUGAAACCAAGAUUAUCUUUCAUUUCAGAAAAAAUAAAAAUAAUUUAACUGCAUCGUAAAAGAGAGAGAGAGAGAGAGAGAGAAAUAUUUUUAUUUAUUUAUGAAAGACUAGUCGACACUGCGUCAGGAAAAAGUCUACAGUUGAAAGUAUAUUAGGUUCCAUAUGCAAAAUAAAUUCUCUAGUGUCUUGUAAAUCAUCUCGAUUAAUAAAAUGGAUUUUGGCACUUUGAUAAAUGUCGCGCAGAAAAAUGAAACGAAAAAACAAACCGUUCCAUGCUAUCAAACAAAAUUUACACCACCAAAGAAACAGACUAAACAAUCUAAAACUCUUUCCGACAAUAUCAAGAAGUUUCUCGCUCGAAAGGAAGAAGAGGAGAAACAGAAAGCCUUGGAAGAGAAAAGAAAGAGAGAGAAUCUCCUAGCUUUACGAGACUCUAAAGCCCAAAGUCGGAUAAGUAAACAUUUGAAAGUAUGUAAAGCAGCGAAUAAGUCGGUGAUUGCAGAUGCCAUUGAUAGUGAAAAUACAGCUAUUACUAUAGCAGGUCCUUCUCAGCCUGAUGAAGAUGAUUAUGGAUAUGUAUCGCAAGAAGCUUCUACAUUCUACAAUCAGUUAAUGAGCAAAUAUAAUAGUUUACCUCCAGAGAAACCUAUUUUUAAUAAUAAUGAGAAAAGGACAAUAAAGGAUAUUACAUCUACAAAGGAUAGAGUAAAACAAGCUUUAAAACAGCAGGAACUCGAGGAAAAUAGUGGACAUAGGCGCAAACGAAAAUCCGCCUCGAGUAUAAAAGAAGCUGAAAUUGAUGAAAAAAUCGAGAAGAAUAUUGCUGACAAAAACAAAGAAGAGAACAAGGAUGAAAAGCCGAAACCGAAGAGAAAGUCAUUACCAUCACCUAUGGGUUUUGCGGAACUGUUAAAACUUGCAGAGAAAAAACAACAUGAGCCUGUAAUGAUAGAAGUUAAGCCAAAAGUGGACGAAGAACGACCAAUGACAAAACGUCAAAAAAUGGAAUAUAUACAUGAAAGAGAAAGAAAGGAGCAACGAGGGAAAAAAGAUUUGGAGACUGAUAAAAAAAUAAGCACUACGAGUACAUUAAACAAAUCUAAUAAAACGCAAUUAAAUAAAAUUCCCAAAACUAGUGAAAAAUCUCCGAUUUUAAACUCGAUAUUAAAUAAAAAUUCUUCCAAAACUGCGACAACUAUUUCUAAAAAAAUUAUUGACAAGUCCAAUGAAAAACAAAAUACGGAAAAAUACAAUUCAAGCAAAAUUUCAUCUAAAAACGAAUUAUUAGAAGAACGAAAAAAAUUAGAAGCUGAGAAAAGACAACUGGAAGAAAUGCGACGUGCUAUUGAAGAAGAAAAGAGGAAAUUGGAGCAGAGUAAAAAUAAACAGGAAGACAUCAAGUCUCAUUCUUCUUCUAAAGAAAUGAUUAAAUCCAAAGGCAGUAGUAUAGAUAAGCAAAUACCCAAAGAUAUUAAAUCACGGCAAUUUCCACCCUUAGAUUUAAAAUCAUCGUUAACUAAUAAUAAAUUAAAACAAACGCGACCACUCAAUAUCAAAUCCACUAAAUCUAAAGAAAUUGUUAAAAAACCGCCAAACAAACGACGUAUCUAUGACGAGGAUGAAGAUUUGGAUGCUUCAGAUUUGGACGAUUUUAUAGAUGAUGGAUCGGACGAUAACGAGGAAGAUUAUAGUAAACAUAUUAGUGAGAUAUUUGGCUAUGAUAAGAACAAAUAUAAACAUCUCGAUAAUGAAGAUGACACCGCUAUGGAGAGUAAUUUUGCGCAACAACUAAAGGAAGAGUACAUAUCCACGAAAAUAGGAAUUAUGGAAGAUUUAGAAGAUAUGCGUAAAGAAGCACUAGAAAAAAAGAAAAAGGAUCUUCUUAAGAAGAAGCUUAGAAAAUAGUACAAACUAUUUUAACUUUAUAUACAUAUAUUUAUUAACUCUUACAAUUUUGAUAUAUAUUGGAAAUAUUAUUUAAGUUUGUAAAGGUAUAUAAAAGAGUAAACUUUGUUAGGGAGA